CGUUAACGAUUUAUUGAACCGGGAAGUCCGAAUCUGUCAAUAUCUUUCUAACUUUACCUAACCCAACAACAAGCCAGAAUGCCAAAAGGAAAGCACGAUCAAUCGUGACACAUCAGCGCAGAUCUGGUUCGUCCGGUUGGGUGAUGGAGAUGGAGCCGCCUCUCACGUUAUCACCGACUGAACGAGCUUCUCUUCCGAUCACAUUGUGUCAGAUAUCAUGGAGGCCGCUGCGCUCCUGCUGCUGCUGCUGCUCGCGCUGUUGGGGGUUUCUUCCACGCUCGGCUUUUACGGAGACAGCAUGACGUUCAUGCCUCUGAGGAGGAAGACGGAUGGGACAUUCAAGGUGACCUUUCAUCGCAGACAGAACGGUAGAAACAAAUGUGAGAGUCAGUCAUCCCACAGCUGUGAGGACGGGGUGUGCACAAGCUCCACUGAGUCAACUGUCCUGCAAACGGACGAGGACGCCACCGGACAGGGGCGCUGGUGCCAGUCUGAGAGGCGCACAGCAGCGACCAUCUUCACCAAUAAAACCUCCUUUUCUCUGAGGGACUCGGGCUGCUGCUGGACGUCCAAUGUGGAAGAAAAGACUAACUGGACUUCUCUCGCAGAAUUGGACCUGGGAAGUCGAUCCGACUCUCACGGCCUCAACGGCUGUCCCGUCACCACAACGGUGUCUUCUCUACGUGUGCCUCAGAACUGCUUUUCAAGGUUUCAACUUCUGGCACACGACCCAGACGGAGAUCACGUGAGAUGCCGCUUUGCUCCAGACGCUUCGGCUCCGGCAAACUUCACUAUGGAUGAGACUGCUUGUGCGCUGACGGCUGCAGGUCAAGUCGCCGUUGGUGUCCACGUGUUUGAGCUGCUGCUGGACGACUUUCCGCGCAAAAACAUCACUUUGACCUACGCAGAUGGAUCAUCGGUGCUGAGGGAGGCCUCCGACAUGAACGCACCGCCUCUCUGCAGAGUGAAGCUGCAGUUCUCCAUGGAGAUCGUUCCUCCGAUUCCGACCUGUCAAGCUGGUCACAGUCGGCCCAUGUUCUUGUCCCAGACUCCUUCUCACGGUGAUGUUCUUUUUGCUGCUGUCGGUCAGGAUUUCCAGCUUUCUGCCCGAGCACAAGCUCACCACACCAGCAUUCACGACUUCCAGGUGAGCGGCCCCAUGAACUCGACCAAAGUGUUCAAAGACGAUCCGAACGGAAAAGCUGAAGUGACUGUGAGGUGGCAACCUCAGCCCACCGACCUGUACCGGUCUGUCCCGCUCUGCUUCACUGCAGAGACGAAAGAAACACAAUCAGAUAUGAGGUGUGUCGUCAUCAUGGUGACCAAGCGGACCGUCCUUCAAGGCAAGGCCAGUGUCAUAUGCUCUCCCAACAAGAUGAUGGUGGCCCUGGAGAAAGCCUCCAUGCCUGGCAUCGAUGAGAACUACCUGCAGCUGAGAGACCCGUCGUGCUCUCUCACCUCCAACGACACUCACAUCGUGGGCUCUAUGUCGUUCAGCACCUGCGGCACAAAACUUGAGGAUCAAGGCGACUUUCUCGUUUUCAAGAACGAGAUAAACUCCUACAUGAAGCACACCGAGGUUAUAACCCGAAGGAACAAAGUUAAGAUUGACUUCUCUUGCCAGUUUCCGAAAACCAUCAGCAUCUCCAGCUACUACAACCUCCACAAGUCUGACUACAUUUUCACAGAGUCCAGCUUCGGCAGCUUCGGCUACACUUUCGAGAUAUUCACAGACAGCAACUUUACAAGCCAGGUGGCUGCCAGCGCCUAUCCAGUGGAGGUGAAGCUGUUGGAGAUGAUUUACAUGGGCAUUCAGGCGGAAUCAGAUCUACCAAAUGUGAAUUUGUUUGUCGAAUCAUGCAAAGCCACUCCCGAUGACAACCCGGAAAACACCUUGUCCUAUGACCUCAUCAAGAACGGGUGUCAAAUGGACGAGACACUUAAAAUCCACCCAUCUAAUCAAACUUCAUUCAACUUUGAGGUUCAAGCCUUCAAAUUUACAGGAAACUUUGAUCAGGUAAAAACAAUGAAUAUUAAAUGAUACCAAACUUAUGCCAAAAAUAUUAUUUAUACAGGCUGUGGUGUGGAUGAGACAGUGUACAAUCAUAGACUGCAUUUAAGAGGUCGACAUUGUCACCGGACGUCACCCAUAGGUUUGUGGGCUGCCGUUUGGAAGCCUCGAGUUCUGUAUUUUGGCCAUCGCCAUCUUGUUCUUUGCAACCAGAAGUGACAUGAGAGGUUGGAGCCCUUUUUUCAAGACAUUUUUUAGCGACCAACAUGUUACAAUGAACUUUCAUGAAGUCAAAACGCACUGUGAAAGGGUUUAAAUUCAAAGACAAAAACACGUACAACUUCCAGACUGGACGCCACCGUUUCAAUCACCGUGUAGCCUCGCCC